AAUUAACUGCCGUCAUUUCCUUUAGGUAGCAACACAAAUGCCUGCUUGAGAAAAUGUCGCUUCAUCUGGCCACGUUUUCUUGACGGAUAUGUUGUUAAGUUUUGGUUCCUGUUGAUUUGAAAGCGCUGUUAAGAAGAUAGUGAUUUAUUUUACUCGCCAAUAACGUGCCGGAAAGUCUAUAUAAUAGACGCAGAGUUUUUUUGAUAAUUUGAGUUAAACCCGCUCGUGUUUGCCACCCGCCAAAAGCUACUAAGCUUCAGCGAGGAAGUGACCAUUUUGUGCGUUAGCUAACGUUGUUUUUUUAACCCUAAAAACAAAAUGAGUGGCGGGUUUAACUUUGGACAGUCUACGGGCUUCACUUUUGGAGCUCAGAAGACCACAGCUGCUGCCCCCAGCACGGGCUUCAGUUUAACCAACUCCACACCGGCAGCCUCUGGAGGAGGUUUCACCUUCGGCACUUCCACGCAGCCCAGCACCAAUCCCACCGGCGGUUUCAGCUUUGGUACACCAGCAAAGAGCUCUGCAGGCGGCGGGGGAUUCUCUUUUGGGACACCUAACUCCACAUUUGGCCUGACUGCAACUCCUCAAACCACAUCAGCAACAGGAUUAGCUAUGGGCUCCACAGCAGCUCCAGCUCCAGCUGCGGGGUCAGGGUUCACACUGGGAGGCGGGUUGUCUGCACAGACCAGCACUGCUGCUCCAGCAGGUGGGGGCUUCAGUUUCGGAACUGCUCCUCAAGUACAAGCGCAACCACAACCGCAGCCUGCCGGAACUACAGCAACAACAGCAUCAAGUGGCCUGUCAUUUGGUGGGUUUAGUUUUGGAGCUCCCAAAGUUCAAGUGACCACAGCUGCGCCCUCUACAGCUGCUGCAACAGGAGGCGGGUUCAGCUUCGGCACCACUGCACCUUCCAACAUCACCCAGCCCCAGCCCCAGCCAGCAUCCACCGCUACAGCCCCAGCAAGCCAAGGAGGAGGAUUUAACUUUGGGGUUAAACCUUCAACAACCCCCGCUCCUCCUGCGUCAACCCUGGCGGCUCCAAAUAUAGGUCCAACUCUCUUUGCUUCACCUGUCAUCACAACUGGUGUGGCCGCCGCUGCAGCAGUUACAGGCUUUACUUUGGGAGCACCUCCACCUUUAUCAGUGGGCACUACAACAGCCCCAGCAGCUGGGAGUGGUUUAUCUUUUACACUCAAACCUCUGGGGUCAGCCCCCAGCACCUCUGCCCCAGUCUCCACUGCCACAAGUGCAGCUGCAACAGUAGGUGCCGCUACAGGCUUUACACUGGGAUUCAAACCUGCAUCCAGCACAAGCACCACAACAACUGCAGCAGCCACAACAAUCACUACUACUGCAGCUCCUCCAGUAAUGACCUACGCCCAGCUAGAGGGACUCAUAAACAAGUGGAGUCUUGAGCUUGAGGACCAAGAAAGACAUUUCUUACAGCAGGCAACUCAGGUGAACGCCUGGGACCGAAUGCUGGUGGAGAACGGGGAGAAGAUCACAUCCCUGCAUAAGGAGAUGGAGAAGGUGAAGCUGGACCAAAGGAGGCUAAACCAGGAGCUAGAUUUCAUUCUGUCCCAACAAAAGGAGCUGGAGGAUUUGCUUUGCCCACUGGAGGAGUCGGUGAAGGAGCAGAGUGGAACCAUCUACAUGCAGAAUGCUGAUGAGGAACGUGAAAGAACGUAUAAGCUCGCUGAGAACGUGGACGCGCAGCUGAAGAGGAUGUCACAGGACCUGAAGGAGAUCAUUGAACACCUGAACACAUCCAGUGGUCCAGCAGACACCAGUGAUCCACUUCAGCAGAUCUGUAAAAUUCUCAACGCCCACAUGGAUUCGCUGCAGUGGAUUGAUCAGAACUCAGUUCUCCUGCAGAGAAGAGUGGAGGAAGUGUCCAAACUGUGCGACACCCAGCGCAAGGAGCAGGAGAAAACCUUUCGUUUAACAUUUGACUGACCUGCAGUAAAGAGGUUGAGUUGAUCAUAGAGAUGAUGCGACUGUUGCAAACUUCUGUUUGAUUUUGAUUUGGGUGUGUAAUAAUUAUUCUUAUUCACUGUUUACCCUCUUGCAUUUUCUGGACUGCAUCAAGAUCAAUAUUUUUAGUGCUGUAGCUUUACAUAGUUGAUCAUCUCUGUCCAUGUAAAAUGUUCAGAAUAGUAUAAUAAAUCUUUUGAAUAAAUCUUCCUUGGUUUCUUUACCGUAUGUAGCAGCUGUAUGCUGGACUCAUUGUAACUCACUGUCAUAGCCAAGACAAAUGCAGAAUAAUUAUAUUUCACUUAUGUCAACUUCAAAUAAUUAUAUUCUUAAAAAUAAAUGUUUAAACUAGUUUGUCAUAAAACU